AGCUUUUUCAUUGAAUUAUGGAGUUUUACAACUAACUUUUACAAUUUUAUAUUGCGAAAUUAAAAGUAGCAUCAAAGCACGUAUCAUAGGGAAUCGGAAUGGGUUGAUCGAAUUCCGAACUGUUAUAUCACUGGUGGACUUGCCACAAAGUUAUAGGCGCGGAAUCUAUGAUUUUGAGCUGCUUUCACCUAUAAAAAGUAGUCACACAACUAGAAAGAACAAACGAAAAAACAGAUUACAAAAAUACAUUUUGAGACUUUGAUGAUUUUGCUGAAGUCUGAUGAAGUCAAUCACUAAAGUAUCCCAUGGACAUCCAGCAAGAAGGGAGUUAACAAUAGUCUAAUUUGGAUAGAAAUAAAGAACAUGUGAGUAUUCUAGUAGUUUGGAUUGUGAGAAUAUAAAUCUGAUGAGAACCCAUGUAGAAUGUGUAGAUGCCCAUAAUCAGGUGGUUAAAAAAGGAUGAUUUGAUGAUUUUGCAUAUGGAAAAGAUGUAUUCAAAGGCUCAUGCAACUCAGUACAGAUCUAGAUUACUUUUCGACCCCGUCACACAAAAUAUUACAAGUGGGCACUAUACUUCAGAACUAUAUAGAAGAAUAUUUACUGUAAUAUCAGUGAAAUUCAGGUGUCAUUAAGUACUGAUACUUUUUUUUUUAAACUUACAAGAAACUGAAGACGGAAAAAAGAAAAUCGAGUGACGAUGGAAGAGACAGAGACUGAUAUUGAAGUUUUACUGGAAUGCCUGAAAUGUCAGAGAAAUGACGCCAUUGGGUUAAAGAGAACUCUUUCCACCCUUUUAUCAAUAUUAGGGUCAGAUGAAAACACCCAGGAAUACUUCCGAGAAUCUGGUGGGCUCCAUGAUGUACAGAAUCUGUUCUCACAGAGUAUUUCAACUGAGGUGCAGCAAGCUGCUAUGCUCUGCUUGGCAUGUGCUGUUGAAAAUAAUGUCUUUAGUCAGAAUGCUUUGGUAAAUGCUGAAACAUUCUCCUACCUUCAUCAAUGCUUAUCAGAAAAGCACAGCCGGCAGUAUAUACAAACAGCUUCAUAUUUUCUAAUGUGUUUAGUUACAAAUAACAGUGUAGGUCAGAACCUUGCACGUGAAUCUUCAUGCUUGUCAGAUGCCCUUCUUCUGUUCCGUCAGUGCUCAGAGGUAAAUAGAAUGACUCAUGACUCUUAUGAAGAAGUUCUGCUCCUUUGGACUUCACUAACUGCUGCACUUAAUGGGUGUGUGAAUAAUCCACAAAAUGAAGCAAACCAGAGGUUGUGCUCCACUAUUUUGCCAUUGUGCUUCAAGAUAAUAGCUGAAGAAAACCAUCAUGAGUUGUGUGGUCCUUUGCUGUUAUUUGUGGGACUUACAGUUUCUGGAAAUAAGUUGAACCAAGAUCGUGUAAGGCAAUCAGGUGGCUUGGACACCAUGCUGAACCACUUGCAGAAAAGUCUCAAUAGAUUGGAUCUUGGAUGGAGAGAUGAACAGCAUGUGUUGCUGAUUUCCAAUGCUCUCAGCAGCAGUAUGACAGACAAUGAACGAAAUAUCCAUUUCUUUUUGGAACAUGGUGGUCUUCAUGUUCUAUUUUCUCUGUUGGAGUCACUUGAUAUGGCAUGUGAUGGAGUACUUGGCGUUGUCAUUGCCAUUGGGCAUGUCCUUGAAUUUGCGGAGAACAGGUUUGCAGCUCUUACCUCUAAAGAGCAGGGGAAACUCAUCAAGCUCUUGACUGAAACACAAAGUGAGGAACUUGUUCAUGCAAUAAAAUAUGUCCUCAGCCAGUGCCAGGAGCUUGCUGAUGGUGCUGAAAAUAAAGAGGAAGAGCAGACAAAGAUCAGAAGUAAGAUUGAUGAGCUUUUGGCUAAAAUACAACAUACGGAGGAAAUGGAGUGUCUUGACGAUGGACAAACUUUAUGCAGAAAGGGAGAGACUGCUGAACUGAGACAGACUAAAGACUCUCUAUCAAAUCAUUUACAAGGACCAUCAUCAAAUGCUCAAGGACAAAGUGUAAUGUCCAGGAUCCAUCAGCUCUGCAAUGAGCAUGGUAAAUCAUUAGCUGAAACGCUUCAUGGGCAGACCUUGAAUGGGCAGCUUUCCAGUACUUCAAACAGGUUAUGUCUGAGAAAUGCCCUCUCUUUGACCAAAAGGAAGGUGAUGCCAGUCAUGUCAGUAUAAUGUUACAAAGAGAUGGUUGCAAGAAUUCUGAAUAUGCCAGAAGUCUUUCUCAUCAGCAGCCAAACGUUAAUGACCAGACUGCAAAGUGUCGGUCAAAAGUGAUGAAAUCUAACAUAAUAAGAGAAUGUGGCAGUUGUCGGCAAAUAAAAAGUAACGGAAUGAUCAAUGAGGAAAAACUCUGCAAUGAAAAAGAUAAAAACUCAAUGUCAGGUAAGAUUUCUGUUUCUGAUGAUCAUGCAAAGUCUGAACAUUCUUGCAGUUCUGAGAAUACAGGGCAGACAAGACCAUAUUGCUCAAGAGAUUUAGUACAGGAGGAAAACAGGCCUAGCAAUUCUAAAGUGUAUAGGAAUCCCAAAUGCAGAUGUAGCAUCAACCUUGAUGGCUGUGUUAUUAAUAGAACUACAACAAAGUGUAUCUAUCAUGAUGGUGAGGCGCGUGCUGACACAGAUACACAGAUACUAGAAAAUAACUUGUGCUUGGAAGAUCACUCUCAGAAAGUUUGCUGUUUUGUUGAUAUAGCAAAGAACUAUACAGGGUUUGAAAAAGAACAAACAUUUCAUAAAGUUAUGAAUUGUCGAUCUAAAAAGACUGAUCUGACUGACGUUAAAUCUCUUUCUGGAAAAUGUCCACACCAGGCUACAAAGGAGAUUCCCCGAUGUAUCCAUACGAAAAUGCGAAACAAAGCAAAUGCUUUGUCGCCUCAUUGUAUUACAGGGUAUCUUGUUAGUAGCAUUGGGAACUCAGAAACAGAGGCUGUUCUCAACGCAUGCAAGUGUGCUGUCAAUCAUACUGGAAAGCAUGUGUAUUUAAGGGAUGAGAGUCAACCAUGCGACGAAGAAUCAACAUUUUAUAAGUGCUGUAAAUGGCAUAAAAGUUCGAGAGAGUUGGGGUGCUUGAAGCAAAAGAACCCUCACGAGUCCUCACGAAUACACACUCCUUGUAAAGAAUCUGAAGCCGCUGGAUCAGCAGAAAUAGGAUUGUUACAGAAGUUAAGCCAAGGAGAAUUUCAAAGCAACAACGAAUGUUCUGUUUACUUGAUGAAUCCCGGAUGUCGUAUUGAUUCACACCAUUUUGUACCUGAGACCUGCAUAACACCACAAGGCGAUAGAAGAAAAGGUGUGCAGAAUGCUAGCUGUCCUUGUUCCUGUCGUGAAUCUCAGCCUAACACUACCAGCAUUCGGGGGAAACUGGACGUCAGCAAUAGCAACUUCGAGUCUUCCGGCACUUCGGAACAGCGCAAGAUGGUGAAGCUCAGGAUGGUUUAAUUGUCAGUAUAUCUGAGGAGAAGAAGGCGUCUCCUAUCAAUAACAAAUCUUAUGCAAGUAAUCAUGGCACUGAGAACCCUCAAACUACAGGACAAACACAUUUAACUCACGAGGAAAUACAGAACAGCAUCUAUUUUACAGAGCCAGAUGGGGGAGAUGCUGAUAUUCAGAUUGGAUGUUUGCUACCUAAAUUUAAAUCCAGAAUUCAGAAGACUGAGAGAGAUUCUAUAAACAAAAAGAACUUACUGCGUAAAGCAACUUGCUCGGACGUCAAUGUAUCGUAUCCCGUAUAUAACAACAAUGGGACAGGUCGCGCAGAGAGGAAAGAAGAGCAUGAACGGGGAACAGCGACAGAAACUGGAGACCAUAAAGUCAGAAGUUCAGUUGAUUUGCCGUCACUUCUCAAGAUGCAAGCAGAAUCUCCAGCACAUUCAGAGUUUGAUAUAGCGCUGUUCAGAGCUACAGCAGCGACUCGCAAGACUGACAGCAAAAGUGCUGGAACCAAAACGGGGUUGGGAAGUAUUUUGGAUGUCAGGAGACCUGCUGUACGACCCUCACCAAAAUGCUCAGCGAUGGAUGUUGGCCAUGAUUCGUUCUUCAGGGAUAGCGACAGAGAUUCGCAGCCAGUGAUGUGGGCUCAUGGCAGCGAAACUCGGCAUGAAUGGAGUACCGAUGAUGCAGAAUGUGAGACGCGCAGUAUGUCAGAAGGAUCUGCUACGUCUCCCCUGGGAAGCAAGAAUGGUAGUGGUCUGAAAACAACUAGAAGAGACAACACAGACGGCAUUCCAACUGAUGAUAAAAAUACAGGGGAAACUG